AAAUUUUGUUUCUGCCUGCCUGGUUCAGCCGAUCUUAUCAGGAGCCACGAUCUGGGCCUACUCUGUAGACAGAGGAGUCGGUUCUGAGAGCUGACGUUGAAUCUCGUUUUCGUCUACGGUAUAGGCGGAGAUAUUUUGCGCUGGACCCUUGCAGCUUCCCGUGGUCCGGAGAAGAUGGCCACUUGGGCAUACCCACCUGCUUCCCCAGAGCGUCUGAAACAGGAAGCCGAUUCUGCUUUGAAACAAGAGCUGGAAUGGCUACUGCGCUCGUUGCAGGAUUCUCUCGCUUCCUUGAGGGAGGGUCUCCAUGAAUGCGCAGCGUUGCUGGCCCCGAAAGAGCCUGGUUCUACCUUGGUAUUAUCGUCAAUGCGAUCCGAGAAUGUAAAGGGCUUUGUGACAAGGGUUGGCACCAAGGUUGUAAAGGGGGAUAUUCAGCUUCGUCUUAGUUCCCUCAGCACAAGAGGCGCUCCCACAACGCGCCUAUGUCUAUCACAGUCUCCUGAAGCGCCAGAACUGGCACUUAGCCAACUGGUGUCGGUCAGGGACUCAGUCCGCCAAUGUCUAGACAUUGUGGAUGUGAGCACUUGGACCGGCGACCCGCUUGACGCGCGCUUCAUAUACAGCCAACUUCAUCUCCUCGGAGAGACUAUUGCUGAAGGGCGGCAAAUGUUGAAGGGUGAGAACGAUAUCGUUCGAGGCAAGUGGUGGGAGACAAGUGCGCCUGACAAUGUGUUCGACCCACCUUUACCACCACAUCUUUCUUUCCACCUGUCAAUUGCAGACUCCGCGCUGGUGCUGUAUCUCAGGACUCUUGAGUCUACAACACAGGCCCACACGCCUACUGCAUUUGCGACAGACAUCUCGUUGACCGGAUUCUCUAUACGUGAUCGACUAUUCGGCUCUCGUGGACCUUCUCAUGACGAGGCUGGAGAUGUGUUCUCGUGGAAGGGAGAUGAAGUCAAAGUCAGGGAGAAAGUACGCGUAGAGAGCCAAGAUCCCAGUCUCAUGGCAGUAAUGGCCAAGUUGAGCGCACUUCACCACGAGGUGAUCAAAUGCAAGACUGCUCUCAAAGUCCUCAUGGGUAGUGAGGACGACACGGAUAUCUAGCUAAGCAUGAUAGGAACCUUUGCCUUCCCUGAACUACUGGAGUCGCUGAAUAUACAAGUAUAAGCUUUUUGCUAUCUAACUCUUGCUUGCCGGUCCUUGCUUAAGCUCUCUAUGCG